CCUCGCCCCUCACUCCAAUAGUCAUUAUUAAUCCCACCUUCCAUACCGACGGCUCCGAGUCAUUAUUCUUAUUCUCACUACUGUCCUGACCUGAUUCAUAUAUCAUAUAUCUGUUGAUCACUAUCAAUAUAUCCAUCCUGUUAUCGACAUCCCGCCAUGGCCGACGGGAAGAUCGAAGCCCAGCCCGCCGUCCUGCUCGACCAGUUGCGCGCUCUGGUCGCCAACCCCGAGGCCUUCGCGUCCGACAGACAGGAGAUCAUCGCGUUGGCCCGCCAGGCCGCCGUCGCGCUGGAGGAGCCCUUCGAGACGCUCCAGAGACUGGUCUACUCCCCUCUCCCUCUCAUCACGGCGCGAGUUGCCCAGGACCACAAGAUCUUCCAGACCCUGUUGGAGAAUAAGGAUGCCCCAACCAGUGCCGCCGUCCUGGCCCAGAAGACAGGGAUCCAUCCGACACUCCUGGAUUCCCUCCUCGAGUACCUGACGACGCAGAACAUGGUGGGGGAGGUCUCUCCCCAGCAGUACACCCCGACCAAGCUGUCGAACCUGCUCGUCGCACCUCUCUUCGUCGAUGCCGUCGUUCACUUCCACGAUAACUGUCUCCCGGCCUUCAACGCCCUCAACUUCUCUCUAGCGCACCCCUCGGAUCCGCGCACCCCCUUCGAGAUUGGCCACAACAGCCCGACGGACUUCUAUACUUGGCUCGAGACCCACCCCGUGCAGGCCGGUGCCUUCCACCGGUUCAUGGAAGCCCAGUUUGCUUCCCUCCCAACUUGGCUCGAUGUCGUCUCUUUCCCCGAUGAGUAUGCCCAAUCGGCCAGCCCAGAGACCCCAAUCUUCGUUGAUGUUGGGGGUGGAAUCGGGCAGCAGUGCGUGGCGUUGAAAAAGAAAUUCCCUUCACUCCAAGGAAAGAUCAUCCUCCAAGACCGCGCCGCCGUUCUAGAAAAAGCAAUCGUAGGAGACGAUGUCGAGAAAAUGCCAUAUGACUACCUAACCGAACAGCCCAUCAAAGGAGCACGCGCCUACUACUUCCGCCAGAUCUUCCACAACAACAACGACGCCACCUGCCAAAAGAUCCUCGCCUCCCUCCUCCCCGCCCUCGGCCCCUCCUCCGUCAUCCUCAUAGACGAGAAAGUCCUCCCCGAUGAGAAACCCUCCGGCACGUCGGUUGAGUAUACCGCGGCUCUCAGCUUGGCCAUGCUGGCUAUGUUCAAGGCGCUGGAGAGACGAGAGAGUCAGUGGAGAAAGCUGUUGGGGGAUGCAGGGUUCGAGAUUCGUGAGAUUAAGAAGUUUACCGAUUAUGGGGAUAGUGUCAUCGUGGCGGUUAAGAAAUAA